AUGGGUAAACGACUCUCGGACCUAUGUUUAUCCUUUCUAGACCAAACUAAUUUUACUGUCACAUCCUUAACUGCAUGCUUCAUCCUGUAUUCUAGAUCGACAGGGGUAAUAUACUUUACUGCAGGGGCCGUUUGUUGCAGCCUAUCUGUAAAAGUGGUCAAAAGGCUUAUCCGCCAGCCUCGUCCAGCACAUAAUCCUGGCCGAAAAAUGAAAGUAACAUAUGGCAUGCCUAGCACCCAUUCUGCUACAAUCAGCUUCUUUGCGACAUACAUACUCCUGGCAUGCAUGUAUCUCCCUAUUCACCCAUCACUUCAUCCUGAGCAUGCAUUCCGUGUUUUCCCGCCCCUUGUCUGCCUUCCCUGGGCAGCAACGAUUGUGAUGUCCCGGGUCUGGCUGGGGCAUCAUACAUGGCCUCAGGUUAUAGCAGGAGCAUCUUAUGGUGUUACGUUUUCUUUAAUGUGGUUUGCUAUGUGGGUUGGAGGUCUCAAUGACUCUGAGGGCACCAGGGCAAUCGAAAAAUUGGUUAGCAGUGUAUGUCAAUCUCAAACUCAUACCCCGACUAUCAUGGACGACAACGACCCUAUUAACCAAUUUUUCCCUGGCGAAGAAGAAGUGGACCUAUAUGCAGUACUCUCGCUCGAGAAGGACGCCACAAUUGAGGCAAUCAAAAAGGCUUACCGUCGCCUUGCCCUCGUUUAUCACCCAGACAAACACGCGUCUGCUACAGAGGAAGCCAAAGAAAACGCGUCCAAAAGGUUCCAGCAAAUAGGGUUUGCCUAUGCUGUUUUGAGCGACAAUAAGAGGAAGGCACGGUACGACUCUAGUGGCAGGACAGAUGAAGGUUUCGAGCUAGGAGCAGGUGACGAUGGAUGGGAGGCAUACUUUGAAGAAUUGUUUGACCGUGUCACUCGGGGAAAGUUAGAUGAAAUGAAAAAAGAAUAUCAAGGCUCCGCUGAAGAAAUGGAAGACUUAAAGGCUGCAUACGAGACGACGGAGGGCUCUUUGGGAGAACUCAUGACUUAUAUUCCGCACUCGACUCAUGAGGAUGAAGAACGCUUUAUAGUCGCCAUUACUGAGUUGAUUAAGAAAGGCGAACUCAAGUCCACUGCCACUUGGCGCUCAACCUCUAAAGAUGAAAAGGCCAAGAUGGUGCGAAAGAAAGAGUCAGAGAAGGAGGCCAAAGAGGCUGAGGCAUUGGCCAAAGAACUAGGGGUCUGGGAUGAAUUUUAUGGAAGCGGCAAGGCUACUGAACGCAAGAAGGCGAAGAACAAGGCCAAGGAAAAAGAUGGUGACGAGGAGGCUCACGAAGACCACUCAACACUGCAAGCGCUAAUUCUUAAGAAGAAACAGAAAAACAUGGAUGGAUUCUUCGACAGUCUUGCCGCAAAAUAUUCAGAACCGGCGCCCAAGGCAUCCCGAUCUAAAGGCAAGAAACGUUCUCAUGAUGUGGCUGAAGACGAUGACUCCCCCAAGAAGAAAUCUCGUUCCAAUGUUCCCCCUCCCCAGGAGAUUGAUGAUGCCGAAUUUGCCAGAUUGCAGGAUAAGUUGUUCGGAGAUAAAGAUAAGGCCAAAGCAUCGUCUUCAUCUCCAAAGAAAAAAGGGAAGGGCCGUAAGGCUAAGUAA